UUUGUUUGUUCUUCCGGCAGUCCGUGGUAUAUUCGGUAUUCUUUGCCAACACUGUAACUCAAAGGCGUCAAGUAGAUUCCGACUCAUACCAAAACCAACCAAAACCAUUGCCGUCAAGUCUAUUCCGACUCAUAGCGACCCUAUAAAAUCAGUUCCCUUGUUUCCCUUGUGGGCGGGGCGCUGGUAUCUGCAUCUUAAGUUUCCUUCUGCUGCGGUUCUGAAGUGACCUUGGGAAACCAGGUCCCAUCCCCAUCUCAAGAAGGUGUAUCCAUGCAAGCAACCGUGUGAAUGAACAGUCUUCAAAGCCUCUUAUUUUCUUUUUAUAAUGGAUAGAAAUUUUGUGUCCUAUUCCAUAAUACAGAGCCCUGGUGGUGCAGUGGUUAAGAGCUCAGCUUUUAACCAAAAAGAUUGGCAGUUUGAAUCCACUAGCUGCUCCUUGGAAACCUUCUGGGGCAGUUCUACUCUGUCCUCUAGGGUCGCUAUGAGUCAGAAUCAACUCGAUGGCAACAGGCUUGGCUUUUUUGGUUUAUUCCAUAAUACAUCCAGGAUAAUUUUAAUAUUAAAAUUAAUUACAUUAUAUAAUAUGGAGUAAAUUUGAACCUCUAGUAAGAGUAUAGGCUUUCAGGUCAGACUCCUUAGUUUGAAACCUUGGCCCAUCACUUAUUUGUGUGACCAUGGCUAGGUUAUUUAGCCUCUCUGUGCCUCAGUUUCCUCGUCUAAAAAUGAAGAUAGUAAUAGUAUCUACUUUUUAAGGUUGUUGUGAAGAUUAGAUGGGAUAUUAAAUGUAAAAUGCUUAGUCCCAUGCACAGUGACUGAGCACUCAGAUGCCAGUUAGUAAUAAAGAUUUAUCAUUAUUUUUAUUAUCCUGAAGACUAAUGUUAACAGGAGUAUGACCACCAUCCCUCAGCAUGAUAAAAUGUCCCCCUCUUUACUGACACAUUGUUUAAGACUGUUUGCCAUCUAUGGGAUGCCUAACACGAAGCACUGGGAAGAUGUUUGAGGAUGGACAGAUAUUCUCAGGAUUUAGGUCACAUCUGUAGUUUUAAUCCUCUGAGGCCCUUGUGUGGCUGUUCUUGAGUAGCCAGAGUCUAUCCCAGGUGAGAGGGAAGUACUUGUUUAGAAAAUGCCCACCAGGUUGUGAAAACCAGCGACUGUUUGUUCUUCCUUCAAUCUUUUUUCUUUUUUUUCCUUCCUGUUCUUAUUUCGUGGUUAGGAAAAAGGGCUAAAUUGCACUUUUCCUUUGUAAAGAUGUACAUCUCAAAUUCGUUCCCCCCAUUAACUUACUCAUUUAAAAAAAAAAUUCAGAAACCACAAAUUAUACUUGUUUCUUACAGAUUAGGAAAUAUAGGUUAAUAGCAAUAUAAGGGGGAAAAUCACCUGUAAUUUCCCUUUCAGAAAUCACACUUUUCACCAUGCUGUAGUUGUGCUGCUUAUAUCUCUAGUCUGGAAUGGCGAAGGGAUGACAGUGUCCAGCAGGCUGUUGGGGUUCCAAGGGAGGAGCUGUUACCAAGCACAGUAGGUCCGCUGCUUGUACUCUUGUUAAGAAUAAGAGUCAAGUGGAUUUAAAGCAGGCACAGUUUAAUUAUACGAGUAGCAGACAGGGAGAUCACUCUCAAACCACAGUUUCCCAGAACAGAGGGCUGGGAGAAGUUUUAUACUAUGCAGUAACAGGGAAAUUAUACAUAUUCAUUACACUUCUGAGAAAUAGCAUGCAUAUUUUUAAAAAAAGGGGCUGGGCCGAGACUUAGGAAGGAAGUGGGUGUGGACUUUUCCUUUAGGACUUUUCAUUUCUGAAUUAGGUUCCGCUUUUUUUUGAGGGGGGGCGGUUAGUUUCCUGACACAAGUUUCUUGGUUCCUAGGCAGGACUCAUUAUGGGAUGGGGACAUCCAGUGGUCAAAUCGUUUUUUUGUGCCUGUAUGGGAUUCUGGUUUUAGUUGGUUUGUCUGAAAAACAAUCCUAAGAGGAAGUGUUAAGGGAAGUCUGGUUGCUUAUCGUUUAAAAUUUAGCCUCAGAUUGAGAUGCUGGUUUCCUUAUGUCUGGCCUACACCAUGUCAUGUUUGCUUUGGAGUGUUUUUUUACAGCCUUUGUUCACAGGAGGGUUAAUUUUACCUCAGGACCCCACACCUGUCUCAGUCUCAUUUCUGGGAACCAGGCUGGCCCUUCUGCGGCUCAUAGCCAUACACCAGAUGGCCCUACUUUGGGGCAAGCACUUGGCAACACCCCUGUCCCCAUGCAGAGUCAUCAUGGAACACAGACUACUCGUUUCCUGUGACCCUGCCUACCCAGAAGCAGAGUUUGGUCCCAUUAAUGUUGAUUCUGCAUUCCUGGCUUUGUGCUCACUUUUUACAUAGCCAGGUGGUGAGGAGCCUUGGGCUCUCUUCUCUGUAGGAACUGGUACUGGCUCUCAGGGUUGAUACUUUCUGGUCUUAUCCCUCCCCCCUCACCAAAUGCAGUUGGGAAGGCUCCACCUAGAAGGGGAAGACUCAUUGUGCAAGGAGAACACUGCCUCAGUCCUUUAAAAUGUAAUGCUUCCUUCUCCUUUUCUCCUCUUUCCAGAAUAAGAUCUGCCAGUCAAACUUUAGUGCAGGACUGUUCAGAUUUAUUUAACACAUUGUGAUGGACAAACGAAUUGUCAACUCCACCUUAUCUUCGUAUCGAUCGCCCCACCCCCUUGUAAAUUACAGGAAAUCACAGCUAGCAUAAAAAACUGCGGGCAGAUAGGAAGGGUGCAAUGUAAAACCCUCAUUCCCAGAAACAGGCAGAAUGGCUGAGCUGACUGACCUUAGUAUUUGGUGUUCACUGAGCCAAAGCAUCGCCUAAGAUAAUGGCGCCAUCUGGGAAUUGAAAACCCAGCCUUCCUCCUUUCUGACUUCUGUGUUGUCAAAGAGUUCUCUCUUCUGGGCUCCUCCCAUUAAGUCAGUAACCAGCCCUUGCCAAGUCAUUCUUUUCCAGGUUCCUACACCACCACCCUGGCCAGACCUCAUCAUCUCUCAUUUGGCCUCCCAGGCCGCUUUAGCCUCUCUUGCUAGCUUCAUCUCCUGUGAACACUGUACAUGUCUCAAGUAAGAUUAAGUAAGAUUAGGUGAGAGAAUAAAGCCCUACGUGAAUCAAACGCACUGCCGUCUUCCGACUCAUAGCUACCCUAUAGGACAGGGUAGAACUGCCCCAUAGGGUUUCCAAGAGUGUAUAGGAAGUAGUAUUACCAUCCUUUCCUGUGGUGGGGGUGCUCCUUCAGGGCGAGGACCAAGUGUUCUGGUACCUUUCACAUAGCAGGCCUUUAGUAAAUCCUUGUUGAAUUGAAUUAGGUCAUGUUUUCUUGUUCGCAAACAUUGGUUGACUCCCCGCUACAUACUGAUCCAAGGCUAAAUUUCUCUGCCUAUUUUUCAUGGCUGUGCAAACUGGGGAGCCCUGGUGUCUCAGUGCUGUUACCCAAAAGGUUGGCAGUGGGAAUCCAUCAGCCGCUCCUUGGAAACCCUAUGGGGUGGGCAGUUCUACUCUGUCCUGUAGGGUUGCUAUGAGUCAGAAUCAACCCAAAGCAAUGGGUUUGGUUUUUGGUUUUUUGGUGUAAACUGGCAUAACCUUAAGUAUUCAGCUGAAUACUUAACAGUUUGUGGAGUAAACAGAAUCUCAUAUAUGAUAGCCACUUGAGAAACCAGUAAGAAUUGUCCCUUGCCCUGAAGGAUCUCAAAAUGGAAUUUAUUUUCUGCUCUUUCCUGAUCUUUGGCUUCUUUUCUCCUCCUUUCCCUAUCCCCUUCAUCUAUCAUGCUCACCUCAGAAUUCCUGCCCCAGAAAUUCCUUUUCUUUCUCUAUACCUAUUCAGUCCUCAAGCCUUUCAGGUCAAAUCUCCCUUCCUUUGUAAGGCUUUGACUGUCAUGGUUCAGAUCCAUUUUUCCCUUCUCUAUUUUUCCCUUAUUUUUGUCUAUAACUCAUAAUUAGCUGUUACUCAUUCUGCCUUAUUUUCUGAUUAUUCAAGCCUCAUUUUAUUGCAUCCACAUAGAAUGCUGAAAUAGAUACUCCUGCGUUAUCGUGUGUCUUGAUUAUUUGCUCUCUGGGUGUGCAGCCUCCCCAACUCUAUUGAAAGCUCCUAGUGGCCUGGGGACUGUGCCUUCUGUGCUUUUUGCAAGUCUGUGUAGAGGACUAUCAGGAAGUAUGCAGGGGUACAUGGGGCGGCGAAAGGUGAAUGAACCAUUGGAGGUGAAAGGAGAUCUGACAGUGCUUUGGGAGUGUGGUUCCUCACAGAAUCUUUGGUGGCAUGGAGCAGAUUAGGGCUGGAGGCCAAGAGACUAUCCAGGACUCUGGGAAUCAAGACCUGAGAGGAAGUGGAAAGGGUAAAAGGGUCAGACUUACCCUUUAAGAGUUCAUUCCAUUCUAAGUGAAGUUGGUUCUUGAAACUCUGGUUCAUGAGGAAAAUGUGUUCAUCCCAGAAGUUGACCAGGGUUCCUGGGGAAUUGUAGUGAGGCCAGGAGCCUCUGUGUGACCCAGGUUCUCUGAAUGGCAAAUCCCCUCCCAUUUCAUUUCUCAAAUCUACCUAGGACUAUGAAACAGGUUGGCAACAUCUGUGGGCUGGGACUAUCUAAAGCCAGCUACAUUCCCUGUGAUCCGGUUUCCAUCUCUGGGGCACAUCUAAACUUCUUGGAAUUCUAGGUAGGAAGUGUGAUUACAAAGGCAAGCCCAUGUCAUUGUAACUUGUAUGAAAAUAAAACCAUCUUGAAUUUUCCUCUCAAAAACUUCUUUUAGAUCUUUUAUUUUUGGCUAAUGGGUUUCGGGGUGGCAAUCCCGCUACUACUAUGAUGGAGGGGUACAAUAAUACAGUGGGCAGUUUCCCAAUGUCUGGAGCCUUUGAACAAUGCUGGGCCAGGCAGCCUGUCCAGAUUUAUACCUUCUUCUCCUUUCAAUUCUCAACUAGUAAAUGCUGUGACAUCAUCUGCCUGAAAAGAUAUAUUGUUGUAGUGUGCCAUCAAGUCGAUUCCAACUCAUGGCAACCCCACACGACAGAGUAGAACUGCCCCGUAGGGUUUCCUAGGCUGUAAUCUUUGUGGGAGCAGAUCACCAGGUCUUUUCUUCCACAAAACCGCUGGGUGGGUUUGACUUGCUGAACUUUGGUUAACAGCUGAGUUAGCAGCUGAGCGCUUAACCAGUGUACCACCAGGUUCCAUCACAAAGGUAAUGGCUUGCUUGAAUUUGUCUAAACAUCUGUAGCAGUUUGGUAAUGAAGUUUAGUCCGUUAAUGAUGGUGAUGAUGAUGAUGAUAGACACCCAGAGGCAGGUACACUGGUGGAGUUCAAGCUGGUUUUUCCUAAGGCUCCCGGAAAGAAAAUUGCUUAACUCACUUGUAUGUAAAGGUUUUGUAGAGGAGGAAGCAGCCCUGGAGUGUAGAGAAGUCCUCAGCUCAAAGGUUACACUUUAAAGAAGAACUCUGAAUAAAGUUGUGUGUUCUCUGUUUGAAAUGGGGUGUGUGGCUUCUUUUGAGAAGGCCUUUUUUACUGUAUUAUAAUGGUUCCUCUGGAACUCAUAGCAGCAUUCUUUUUCCACCCUCUUGUAUUUACAGCUGCUUUUUCCCUAGGGGAGCAUUCAUCUGUUUUAAGAAGCUGAGAGAAAACAAGAAGUUCUCUCAAACAGUGAGGUUUGGAAGUCAGAACCUCAUUUGCCUCCCAGAAGGGCAAGUUCUAAAGGACUGUGGUUUGGGUGGAAGAGAAGGGCGUCUGGUUACACUGUCCACUCCCCACCCCCCCAAGCACUCCUCCACCUAGGGCUUCCUCUGGCAGAUGUGAAGGAGUUUAGAACACAGGGCGCCCAUACUGGUCCCUUUGUUGAAUUAAACCAACAUUGCUUUUCAGCCUCUCAAUAAGUCAGCUUUUCUGACAGCCACCCUCUUGUCCUGAAUAUCCAUGUCUAGGGUCCUGAAGGCCAGGGUCAGCCUAUGGGAUUGCACUUGAGUGUGCAGUCAGAGAGGCAGCAUCCCAGGGCAUUGAGGACAGGAGACAUUUCUGACCAUUAGGAUGUUUUCAUCACAGUGAUGCUUCAAGUACUGGGGAACUGAGAAUCCCCAGACAUCAAGGGGAGGCUAGUAAAUGGAUUUAACCCCAGCACCCCUUAGCCUCUUUUCUGCUCAGUUACAGCCAGUUCCAUGGUGUUCACAUGCACCUUUGUUUUGUUAUGAAAGAAGGUGGAGUUUUCCUUUGGCAUUUGGAUAACUGUGCUAACGAGCACUUCUUCCAGUAUGGACACUCUGAUUUGGAGUGGGCGGCAGGCUGAAGGCUGGUGGACCACAACAGAGCAGGUGCUCUUGAAGAAGGAGAUUGGGGUGACAAUAAGGGCAGCUCGCCCCUUAAAUUCCAGUGGUUCAGCCCCCAGCUGAUGGUCUAGGACUAGGCCAAGAAGACUGCCUUUGGCUUCCCUGAAAUGUCUGCUUCUCACAUCUAGGUUAGUGUGACCAGCAGGGGAGGGGGUGGGCUUCCUGGGGAAGAGGAUGGGAGAGUCUUAAUUAAGCCUGCCCGGUUUGGCAAAGCCUCAGAGUCGCCUGUUUUGUAUUAGCUGAUGAUUUCCCUUAGUCCUGAGAACAGCGCUUCUUCAUUUCCAAGGGAGACCCAUUUUUGCUAACACAAACACAAAAAACCUACUUUGAGGAUUGCUGUGUGUGCCUUUUGUCUUCUUUCCAGAAGAGGCAGGUAGACAGGUGUGCCCUCUUGUUGUCUUAUGAACUGCUCCUGCCACGUUGCAGUCCCUGGAGACUGAUGCAGCUGGAUUUCCUAAUCUGGCAGAGGCCUGGCUGUGAGCCAUUCCCUGAGUCAGAACGGACAGAGCUCAGUGGAGAGCAGCCCUGGAGCUGGCACCCUGUCCGAGAGGGCUCAGCGGUCAGGUUCGGAUUGGAGGAUAUGGAGGGAACUUUACUUACUGAAGAGUUUAGAGAACUGAGUUCUAGUUCAGCCAUUAACAAGCCCUGUGUCCCUGGACUAGUCAUGUUCCCCUUUCUAGGCUUCAGUUUCCACCUCUUAAAAAGGCAGUUUAGACUUUAUAAGAUGAUCCCAUGACAAAUUCCUGAGUUGGCUCUGGUAAAGAUGACCAGAAGCAGCACAGACUGGGACAGGACAAUUUGCAGUUUCCAGUUCCCUUUUGCCGACAGGCUUUUUUGUAUAUGCUGUUCCCUCUCCUUGGAAUGCCCCUUCUUCCCUUUACCCUGCUCUUUCUGCUCUGCCUGGCCAACGCCUUCCUAAAGUCAGGUCUCAGCUUGCUUGCCUGCAUAUCAGUGUGAGUGUCCCUCCUGUGCUGCCAUAUCACCCUGUGUUCUGCACUUACCCCAUUGUAUUACCCUCAGUUUCCUUGUUCUUCCUGACUCUACUGUGAAUUUCAUGAGAGCAGAGACUGUGUCUCCUACCACUGCCAUAUCCCCAGUUGCUGGCACAAUGCCUGGAAUGUGGAAUACACACAGUAAAUGUUGCAUGAUUGAAUGACACGUCCUGGGCCAGCUGCUCUAUGGGAGCUUUUCUGGCUCUUGCCCCUCCCCAUGCCGCCUUCCCCAGUCCAGGGCUCUGUCUUUCUGAGGAGCUUUCCAUGCCAGAUAACCUUGGAUAAUGCUGAAAGUUGCUUUUGAGCUGCAUCUCAUUGUGGGAAAGCAUUGGGUGGUGUUGCCAUUCCACGCCCGGGACACUCUUGCAAGGUGUUGCUUCCACCAGAAGUUGGCCUUUGCCCUGCUCUCCUCCAUCCCCAGCCCUGGAUGACAGACAGGCAGAUUGCUGUCCUCUGCCAGCUGCUGGGGCAGGGCCAUCUGCUGCCUAUGACAGCAGGUAGGGUGAGAGGGAUAAGCAGCCCAUGCAGGAGAGGGAGUUGAGCAGAAACCCAGUCUUCCCUGCACUGACUGCAUGGUAUUGUCCAGCCCCACCCCAUCUCCCUAUAUUCUGUCCUCUGAUCCAGUGCCCUGUUAUGCUACACUUCAUCGAGGUCUUGUUUUCCAGCUGCCGCCCCCUACCACUCUGCUAGGAGAACCCACGCUGCGUUUUUGUUUCCUCUGUGUGUGCACCCGCUUUGCCCUUUUAUCCAUGCCCCCAAGAAUCUUUAUGUAAUGUAAGACAGCAGCAAGAAAACAAAACCAAAAAAACCUUUAGAAAUGAAACUUUGGGCCACCUGUCGGUCUCUGUUCAGAUGCUAAUGAUGAGCCUCUUCCCAUCAGAGUUUGUGCCUUUGGGUUCACCAUCCAUCCUGGAGAAUGUUUGAACUGCGGGGGUGGAUCGAAUAACCUGGUCUGAAGAGCUCUUCUCAUUUUGCCUGUGUGUUUUUAAGGCUUGCCCCUUCCUGGCCUUGUAUGGACAGAGGAAAGAUGCAAGGAGAAAGUAACCUACCGCCAUCACUCUUGUUGGCUCUGGGUUUGGAGGCUCUGAAUUGGGGUGUGUGUGUGCACGUACGUGUGCAUGUGUGUGCACGUACGUGUGCAUGUGUGUGCACGUAUGUGUGCAUGUGCGUGCGUAUGCAUGAGGUGUGCCAGGAGGUGGGAUUGGGGAGAGUGUGGACAGAGUCUUAAAAGUCACCUUUACCAAGUGAGGAGGUGACUAAUCAGGGAAAGGAAGGGCAGUAUAUCCUAAGCCCUAAACCCUAAACUUUAAUGUGCGUAUGAAUCACCUGUGAAACCUUAUUAAAAUGCAGAUUCUGAUUCAACAGGUCUGGGGGUUAAGAAAGGAGCCCUGGUGAUGCAGUGGCUAAGCACUCCGCAGCUAACUAACGGAAAGGUUGGUGGUUCAAACCUGCCAGCUGCUCUGGGGGAGAAAGACUUGGCAGUCUGUUUCUGUAAAGAUUUACAGCGUUGGAAACCCUGUGCGGUUCUGCCCUGUCCUAUAGGGUUGUUAUGAGUUGGAAUUGACUCUAGGGCAGUGAGUUUGGUUUGGUUUGGUGGGGGGUUGAGAUUCAGCAUUUCCAACCAGCUCCUAGAUGAUGCCCGUGCUGCUGCUAUGUGGACCAUACUUUGAAUAUCAAGACCCUAGCCUCCUUCAACUUCAGCUUGAGGAAGGCAAGAGGGAGGCUAGUAAAGACCUUCACAUUUUAAAGCUGAGAGCCUGGGUGGGCCUAUCUGCCAAUGUUUAUAGAGCUUUUUCCUGGGUGCCUCACCCUCUGGAGCUCCCCUUCGUCCAGCUUGCCUUCCACAGUGUAAGAGCUGCCCUUCACAGUAUGUGUGCAUACUCACAAGACCGGAUUCUACUCCUUUCUCUUUGACUCAUUGUAAAGAGAUAAGGCCAAACAUAGGCAUUUAGAAUGGAGUUUUAGAGCUGUAAGUACUCUAGAUCAUCUUUCCCAAUGUCUCUAUUUUAUCCGGGUAGCGUAGUGGUUAAGAGCUACGGCUGCUAACCAAAAGGUUGGCAGUUCGAAUCCACCAGGCACUCCUUGGAAACUCUAUGGGGCAGUUCUACCCUGACCUAUAGGGUCGCUUUGAGUCAGAAUCGACUCGAUGGCAGUGGGUUUUUGGUCUAUUUUACUGAAGAGGAAAUGGACCAGAAAAGUUACAUGACAUGUCUAUAAUCAUUCAGCUAGCAGGAGGUCUGGGUUAAGAAGCCAGACAUUGGAGGAUCAAAACGUUGCUCUGGGGUGGUGAGACAAAAGGCUUCCCAGUGAUGUGAGGGAGUUUUGCACUACAUGUACAACUAAAGUAGAAUUAUUGGCAUUGCUGCAGCUCAACAUUUAUCAUUUAGGCCAGAGGUUUUCAUUCUCAGCACUAUUGACAUUUUGGGCCAAAUAAUUCUUUGUGGUGGGGGUUGUCCCUGCAUUGUAAGAUGUUUAGUGGAAUCCCUGGCUCCUAUACGUUAUAUGUCAGUAGCAACCUUCCCAAGUUGUGACAGCCAAAAAUGCCUCCAAAUAUUGCCAGAUAUUCUAUAGAGGGUAAAACUGCCCCCAGUUGAGAUCCUCUGAUUCAGCUAACAGGUGUUUUGGGGAGGAGGAUCCCUCUUAGGCGUGCACAGUGGGGUUUUUUUUGGAGUGUGUUGGUCUCAGGAUUAUAAAGGAAGCAUAAAGGCGAUAGGACCCAAGCCUUCUGGGAGCUUACAGUUUAUAGUUUAGUGGGGAAAUGAGACCAACAUGCCUGGAACAAAUUAAUUGCCAUCUUAAUGGCUCCUGCAGGAUGCAGAGCCCCGCGCUGGACUCUGAAGAUGGGGUGCCAGCUUCGGGUACUUAAUGAGGAGGAGAUUUGGCUGCCCUGUGCUGGAUUGCCUAGCUAAGAAUUGAUUGACUGUCACUCAUUUCCUGAGUUACUCUUACCUGUUUCUGCUUAGAACUUCCAACCGGUUAAUUUCACUUCAAACCCCUGCUGAGAAUUUGCAUUUCCACCCCAGAUAUACUGAAUCGGAACCUGCAUUUUAACAGGAUUCCCAGGUAAUUCUUACAUAUAAUUAAUUUUGAGACCCACUGCUUUAGUGGAGCCCUGGUGGCGCAGUGGUUAAGAACUACAGCUGCUAACCAAAAGGUUGGAAGUUCGAAUCUACCAGCCACUCCUUGUGGGGCACUUCUGCUGUGUCCGGUAGGAUCACUAUGAGUCAGAAUCAGUUUGGUGGCAGCAGAUUUGGUUUUGGCUCUACUAGUGGUUCUCAGAAUUGGUCCCUAACCAGCAGCAUUAGCAUCGGAUGCAAACUUGUUAGAAAUGAAAACCAGAAUGAACUGGUUCAAAGCCCUGCUUCUGCUCAGGGAACAUUCUUCCAUUCUAAAAAAAAAAAAAAAAAAUUACCUGAAGCUGCAGAGGUCAAUCAGACACAUUAACCAAAGAUGUGUACACUUGAAGGGAGGAAGAGCUACUCAGGCCUGACACUGGAGGGCUAGUUCAUUCCUUAAUAGACUUAUUUAUUUAUUUUUAACUUGAUUUUUCUCCUGUUGUGGGACGAAUCCUCUGGUAGACCUUUACUAUCUCUUUCUCAGUGUGUUAAGCAAUACUGACAUAAGACUAGAAGUUAGGCUUCAGUCAGUAAUGUUCUGAGUACCAACACCCAAACUAAACCCACUGCCAUCGAGUCAAUACUGACUCAUAGUGAUCCUAGAGGACAGAGUACAGCUGCCCUCAUAGGGUUUCCAAGGCUAUACUCUUUAUGGAAGCAGGCUGCUGCUUUCUUACAUGGAGUGGCUGGUGGGCUCUAAUGGUCGACCUUUCAGUUAGCAACCCAGCACUUGACUACUGUGCCACCAGGGUGCCUGUUCUGAGUACCUAGGUAUAAAAUAUGGGUAAAUGCCCAUUUGCGUGAGCCUAAAAAAGGGUCUUUAUCCUUUUUCACUUUUCAGCAGGUAUGGUACUUGUAAAUAUUUUUAGGGCCACUGACCAAGCUCAGCAUUAAGCCUGCCUAACAACUAUUACUACCCCAGAGUACAAAAAGCAUUGAUGGGAACAUCGUAGUUCUUGACAACUUUUCCUUAUCCAGUGUCAGAUCCUUUUUUUUUAGUUUAAAGCUUCUCCAUUGUUUUCUGGCGUGCAUGCUUUCUGACAAUAAGUCAGCCUUAAUUCCUAUUUUUGUUCCUUUGUAUGCAGUGUGUCUUUUUUUUCCCCUAUGGCUGCUUUUAAGGUUUUCUCUUUAUCACUGGUUUUUGGCUUUUUGAGUAUGAUGUGCCUCGUUUGUGUGUGUGUGUGUGUGUGUGUAUGUGUGUUUGGGGGCUUUCCGUGUUUCAGUGAGUUUCUUGGAUCUGUGGAUUUAUUGUUUUUAUCAAAUUUGAAAAAAUCUGGCCAUUAUUAAAAUGUUUUUUCUGUGCCUCCCUAUCUUUUUUCCCCCUUGCGACUCCAAUUAUACAUAUGUUAAGCUGCUUGAUAUUGUCCCACAGCUCACUGGUGCUCUGUGUUCAUUUUUUUUCCCCCAGCCUCUUUCUCUGUUUAUAUCAUUUUUGGAUAGUUUCUAUUGCUAUAUUUUCAAGUUUACUAUUUGUUUCUUCUACAGUGUAUAAUCUGUUAUUAGUCCUAUCCCAUGUAUUUUUCAUUUCAGAUAUUUUUAUUUUUCUCUCUGAAAAUUCAGUUUGGGUUUUCUUUAUAUCUUCUGUUUCUCUCUUCAUCGUGCUCAUAUCUUCAUCUAUUCUCUGGAACACCUGGAGUAUAUUUAUGAUAGUGGUUUGAACAUCCCUGUCCACUAAAUCUAUCGUUUGUGUCUCUUUUGUUGUUUAAUUGUCUCCUAAUUAUGGGUCAUAUUUUUCGGCUUCUUUGCAAGCCUGUUAAAUUUUUACUGUAAACCAGACAUAGGGAAUUUUAUGUUGCUAGAUGCUGGAACUUUUUUGGCUUUGUUCUCAGAAGCAGUUUAAUUACUUGCACUCAGUUUGAUCCUUUCAAGCCUGGCUUUAAGCUUUGUUAAGGUAGAUCUAGAACAAUUUUUAGCCUAGGACUAAGACUGUUACACUAUUGAGGCAAAACCCUUCUGAAGACUCUGUCUGAUGCCCUGUGUUUUAGGAGAUUUUUUCACUUUUGCUGGUAGGAAUAUGAAUUAUUUCAGGCUCUGUGUGAGCUCUGGGGGUUGUACUGCGUACUUCUUUCCUGUUGUUCUUUACUCAGCCUUGGUAGUUUCCUCACAUGCAUGCAUAGUUUGGUACUCAGCCAAAAACUCAAGGGGAUCUCUCUGCAGACUCUGGAACUUUUUCCCUUUGAUAUUCCCUCCUCUCAGUCACUUUGCCCUGCAAAUUCUAGUCACCUCAGCUUCUCAAAUUCCCAACUCUCUCUCUUCAACUCAGCAAGAUUGCUGAACUCUUUCAGGUUCACCUCCCUAUCCUGUGGCUAUUAGUAUGGUAUGAGUUACCAUACUAAUAGGGCUCACUGCAUUUCUUUCCCUUCUCACAAGGAUCACUGUCCUGUGCUGACUGUUGUCCAGUGUCUGAAACCAUUGUUUCAUAUAUUUCUAGUUGUUUAAGGAAGGAAGGUAAAUUUAGUUCCUAUUAUUCUAUCAUGGCUAGAGGCAGAAGUCCCUUAGACUAUCACCUCAGAUCAAUUUUUAGUCUUAGAUGUCAUUUUCCUCCUGUGUUUAUUGAAAAAUAGAUCCAUUUAGACAAUUUGUAUUGAGAAUUCAACCAGGUUCAUAUCAUGUCUAUUUCUGCAACAUUUAUUGAACACCUACUAUGUUCAAAAGAAUAGCAUGGCCCAGUAUCAGGCUUAGCAUAGUAUAAUCUGAAAUUUGUAUUUUAAUGCUGUACUUUCUAGUAGAAGGGUGGGUGUGUGCAUCCAGCUGUUGUCCUGGCAUGAAUGUGUACACAUAGACAUUUUGAACCUUCUUCCUGUACCUACUGACCAUAGUCCCUUUAAACCCAGGCAACCAGUUGAACUAGCAAGUCACAUUUGAUCAGCAAACAGCAGGUGCUCAGCUGUCUGCCUAUCCUCAAGUUAGGCCCAGACAGCCAUGUGUGGGGAGAGGCAUUAAACCCCAAUGUGCGAUUGGCUUCUCCAUCUCACCUGGCCUUAACAGAGCUCCAGGACUGAGGAUGUACAGGUGUCCAUUUUUUUUUUAAAUAAUUUUUAUUGUGCUUUAAGUGAAAGUUUACAAAUCAAGUCAGUCUGUCACAUACAAGCUUAUAUACACCUUACUACAUACUCCCAUUUACUCUCCCCCUAAUGAGUCAGCCCGCUCGCUUCUUCCAGUCUCUCCUUUUGUGACCGUUUUGCCAGUUUCUAACCCUCUCUACCCUCCCAUCUCCCCUCCAGACAGGAGACGCCAAUACAGUCUCAAGUGUCCACCCGAUACAAGUAGCUGACUCUUCAUCAGCAUCUCUCUCCAGCCCAUUGUCCAGUCCCUUCCAUGUCUGAUGAGUAGUCUUCGGGAAUGGUUCCUGUCCUGGGCCAACAGAAGGUUUGGGGACCAUGACUGCCGGGAUUCUUCUAGUCUUAGUCAGACCAUUAAGUCUGGUCUUUUUAUGAGAAUUUGGGGUCUGCAUCCCACAGGUGUCCAUUCUUAAUAAUUAUUAUUCGUUACUCUAUGCUGGAAUGCUACAUUGAACCCUUCAAACCGUGUGUGGAUCAUUGACUUUUCACAGUCUUAUGAUGCAGCUAUUGUUACCCCAAUUUUAUAUGUGACAAAACAGAGGCUCACAGCAAUGAAGUAGCAUGCCUAGGCCCUAUGAGAAGCGAGAGACAGAGCCAGAAUUUGAACUCCCUUUUGUGUGACUCUAAUAUACAUGCACUAGAGCCCCUAAUUAUCUGUUUCAGUUCCCUUUUCUGGGCUCCAGUUCACCUCCCUGUGUUAUUUUUGACACUUGAUCUAUGUAUCUCCCACGUCUUUUCACUUUCUAUAUUGUAGUUGUUUGUAUACAUGUUUCAUCUCCCCUAGUAGACUGUGAACUCUUUAAAGGCACAUACUCCCUACCCCCUCUUUGUACCUCUUAUGGAGCCCAGUAUAUGUAGGUGCCCAAUAAAUGUGUUAGAUGAAGUCAGUGAGUUCCUUAAGAAGGAUGAGUGGAUUGGCCACUGUGCUAUCUUUUAGGACUGCUCUAAGGAGCUGGGAAAGUUGUUUAUACAGUUAAAAAUGAGGUAGGUGAAGUCAGACUGUGCUGGCCCAGGAAGGCACUUGUCCUUAGUGCUCAUAGGAAUACAGUGUGUUGUGGGUAAGCUUGUUGCAUGCUGUGGGUUUAAUGCAGGAAAUAGGCAAGACUUUUCAAUUGGUGAGAGUAAUACUUACUGGUAGAUUUCUUAAUUGUAUAAAGGCUGAGGAUGUGUUUGUAACUGUCAUGCUUUGCUAAGUUUAUCACCCUCUGCCACCGGCCAGCCCCCUGAGAAAUGACUUAGUCAUAGGAUUUUGGAGCCAGGGUUGCUUUUCAAGUCGGGAUCAUCUAGCCCAACCCCCUUACAUUUUCAGUCGCUAAUAACAGUAGUGAUGAUAGAUGGUAAUGAUUUAAUAACAACUGCCAUUUCUGAGGAUUCACUAAGUGCCAGGUACCUAUAUUAAGUGCUUUAUGUACAUUUUCCCCAUAUAAUACUUACAAGAUUCCUGUGAGGUAGGUAAUAUUAGGGCCAUUUUAUAGAUAGGGAAACUGAGGCCCAGCAAGGUUUGAUAACUUGCCCAAGAGCGAAGAAGCUCAUAAGGGUGGGUUUGGAAUUUGAACCCAAGCUGCCUGACUCCACUGCACUAGGGUUAAGAGUAUGCUGACACAGCUAUUGUGCAGGGAAGUGAAGCACCUGCACCUGGCUUGUUCAAGGUCAAGUUUUCCAGUUAGAGGCAGAACAGGAGUAGAAUCCAAUUCUCCUGAUCUUGAACUCAGCACAAAUUUUUUGUUUUGACCUAAGGACUCAUUCUCUGUGGUCUUUUUUGUCUCAUUUCUCGCUCUAGCCCUUCUAAUUUCAGUGAAAUUGAAUGAAGUAGAGGGAAGGGUGGUUUAGGGUUGGGGUUUUUGGUGAGUUUUUAAAGUUUAUUUUUAAAUAGGCAGCCUUCCCAGACUGACUGGGAAUGUAGCAGAAGGCCUGAGAACCAGGAAGUGACACAGACCUGUUUAUACCAUCCCACUUGGGGACCUUUGGAAAGCAAUCCAGGGAGAUGGUAAAAAGUAAACAUAACUGCAUCAGCCAGUUCUCUUGGGUUUGCUAUUUCUGACCUGGAGGAGGUGUCGCCUGCACAGAUCCUGAGUCCUUUGAAAACCAGAAUCUAACUUCUAAACAUUCCCUUCAUGUGAGAAUAUAUGGACACAUAACUUUAUUUCUUGUUACCACACAGCAGCAUCCAGUGGGUCUUGGCAGAGAAAAUUGUCAGUUUUCGUUCCCUUUCUUGCCAUCUUUCUGGUGAAUUAUUCUUCCAUUUCUUUAUCUUUUUUUUUUUGGUUUGUUUGCAAGUAACACUAUGUCUGCAACACUGUCCUGAGGCCCCACUAAAUGUGUGUGUGAUCUUAAGUUCCAGCUCAAAAGCUUUCUUUUUCACCUCCUCCCCAACCCCCAUCAGAAGUCUUUGUUCCUACCUCCUCUGUGUUCCCAGAGCGCUUUUCAUUUUCACUGGGCCCUAGUAGCAAUCUGACAGUGUUACAGUUAAACACAUGUAAUUCCUCUCACAUAGACUGGAAAUUCCUUGAGAAUAAGAACUGUGCCCCACUUCAACUCUGUGAUCGUCCAAACCUUGCACAGAAGACAGUCAGUAAAUAUUUGCUGAAUUGCAGUGUAGUUACUGGAAACACAGAACCCUAAGAAGUCAGAUUUAGCAAAUCAGUUUCCUGGACUUUAUUUGCCAAGUGGAUAUUGAAGCCUGCUCCACUCAGCUUUGAUGGGAACCAGAGCAGAGGGGUGUGAUGACACAUAAGAUGUAUCUCUGGGGUCUAGGAACCAACUAUAGCAGCUUCCGCCAAGCAUCUGUUUUGCUACCUGGCCAAAACUUUAGAAUUUAUGUCCCUUUUCCCUCCUGUUUCAUAUCUGCUGCUACUUUGCCAUCUUGUAUUUUCUACACAGCUUGUCUUUUUUCUCCUUUUGUCAACUAAUAUUCGUUGAGCACUUUGGGGACAGAGAGCAGCAGAGUUGGUGGUCCCUGCAGAAAUUUUCUACCUGCGGUAAAUGCAGCACAUACUGGUUAAGUAACUGUGAGUGGCCCUUGGGGAGGGGUACCACCGGUUGUCCCAUUUGUGGUCCAGGCAGUGAUGCUAGGGGUUCAGAAGUGCCGUAAAUGCCUGUGGGCGGAAUUGAUGAGCAGUCUUCCCAGAAGAGGUGGACUAAGCUUGGCCUGGUAUUUGGAAAACAAAGGAGCAGAGAGCCCUUUUCAGUAGGAAUGCAGGUGAAGGUACUUUGGGUUCCAUAUAUCUGUAAAGUGGGAGGAAUGCCACACCAGUGGUUAAGAGCUCAGCUGCUAACUGAGAGGUUGGCAGUUUGAACCUGCCAUUCGCUGCUUGGAAACCCUGUGGGGCAGCUCUGCUCUGUCCUUUUGGUUUGCUAUGAGUUGGAAUGGACUCCAUGGCAACGAGUUUGGUUUUGGUUUUGGUUUUUCAUGAGGUAGAGUUAUUAGUUGUGUUCCUCCCUCUUCCAGCUUUGUGCUCAGCCUCCCUAUUUAAAAAAAAAAAAGAACAAAAAAGCAAACUUGUUGUCAAGUGGAUUUCAAUUCCUGGCGACCCCAUGUGUGAAGAGUAAAACUGCUCCAUAGGGUUUUCAAGGUGAUUUUUGGAAGCAAAUCUCCAGGCCUGUUGUCUGAGGCACCGCUGGGUGGGUCUGAACCACCAGCUUUUCGGCUAUUAGUUAAGCAAGCACUUAACCGUUUGUAAGGUAAGGAGUAUAUAUGUGGGAGCUAAACACAUGUAAGCUCUCUGCCCUUUCCUGUAACAUAUUGAAGCUGGAAAAUUCUCUGGGUCCCCCGGUCACUAAUAUAACUUCAGUAUAGUCACACAUGUAAUUAAUUUUUUUGGGUGGGCGAGAGAGUGCUAUAAAACAAAACAAAAAUUUUUUUUUUAAAGGUUGAUGGGACAGAGCCGUGGAAAUUCACUUGUUUAGUCUGUUGACUCUUCUUUUGUCUAAACUUUGUAUUUUGACCCUAGUCUCAGGGGAUGUUCCAGGCCAGCUGAAACGGUGCUCUCUGGGGGCCUGUUAGAGCAGGAAGGGACCUUAGCCAACACUAAUUUGAGUGCCCACUCCUUUUCAGACAUCCUAGGUCCGCACAGCAAACCAGUGAGGUGGGUAUUCAUUUAUCCAGUUUACAAAUGGAAGCUGUAAGAGUCACUUGACCUAGACCACCCAACUAUUAAUUUGAGUCUAUCAGAAUUUUUCCACAGGUCUAGCCUCCCAGAUUAGUUGGACCCUUCGAUUUUACUGAUGAGGACAUGGAGGCAUAGGGAAGUGAAGUGACUUGUCCUAGGCCAGCCCAUAAGUCAUUGGCGAAGCUGGGACUAGAGAACAGGUGAUUCCUGCCUUCAGGGUUAGAACUUCAUAGCCUAAGCAGCCUUGCUUACAUUCUGCCUCCUCUCUGCUUUUUUCUGUGCUGUCUUGAGUCUGUUUUGUUCUCUUCUUCUGCCCUUCUCUCUUACAUCUUCUUUCUCUCUGUCCGGGCCCCUAUAGCUCUGCAAGGAUCCUUGUAUGUGCAGAGGUUGGGUUUUUUUUUGUUGUUGUUAUUUUUGGAAAGCACUUUAGGAACACUCUGUACAGAUAGCCUAUACAACUCUGCUGAUGGAUUGAUUAAGUUCUACAUGGGAAAGUAGAAGCUCCUGGGUUUGCUGUAAUGCAGAAGUAGAUAGAUGCUACGAUAGGUUUUGGUAGGUGUGAGAAGGACUGCUCAUGCAGAACAAAGAGGCUAGAUUUAACGUUUCUCUCUUCCAGUCAGAGCUUCUUUUGAGGAAACUUCUGAAUCCUGCCUAUUCUCUAGAAGACAUUCAGGAUUCCUGAGAACUGAAAGGGCCUUUGGGGAUCACCCAGGCCUAUCACUUUCCCACCGCCAAGACGAGGAAGAAUGAUUGAUUUGCAUGAGACCAGACCAUAGCUUAGUGGCGUAGCUGGAAUUGCAGUCUUCCUGCUGUUUGGCUCUAGAAGGAAGAUGUUGGAGACUUAGAGAACGUUUAGAAAUGGGUCAAUCUACCUCUGGUUGACUGUAGGAUUUUUACUUCUGGCUUUCAAAUUUUUCUUUUUAAAAAAAACUUGGACGGAUAAAAGAUGUGCUAUGGCAGGAUAGCACCAAAGAGCACCUCAGCGUUUGCCGUGGCCUCUGUGGGGCAUGGAGUGUUCCUUCCGCUGGUGAUCCUGAGCACCCUGCUUGGAGACGGACUUGCGUCAGUGUGUCCCCGGCCUCCAGAGCCAGAGAAUGGUGGCUAUAUCUGCCACCCCCGGCCCUGCAGAGACCCCCUGACGGCGGGCAGUGUCAUUGAGUACCUGUGUGCUGAAGGCUACAUGUUGAAGGGGGAUUACAAGUACCUGACGUGUAAGAAUGGCGAGUGGAAACCAGCCAUGGAGAUUAGCUGCCAUCUCAAUGAGGACAAAGAUGCCCACACGUCACUUGGGGCCCCCACACUGUCCAUAGUGGCAUCCACUGCCAGCUCCGUGGCGCUCAUUCUCCUCCUUGUGGUGCUGUUUGUGCUGCUGCAGCCGAAGCUGAAGUCUUUCCAUCACAGCAGGCGUGACCAGGGGGUGUCUGGAGACCAGGUCUCCAUUAUGGUGGAUGGCGUCCAGGUUGCACUGCCGUCGUAUGAAGAGGCCGUGUAUGGCUGUUCCGGUCACUGUGUGCCACCCGCUGACCCCAGAGUGCAGAUUGUGCUUUCAGAAGGGUCUGAGCCGAGCGGGAGGAGCAUGCCGAGGGAGCAGCAGCUGCAGGACCAGGGCGCCUGCUCAUUUGCAGGUGGAGAGGACGAGGCCCCAGGCCACUCUGGACUAUGUGAAGCCUGGGGCUCUCGGGGCUCAGAGACUGUGAUGGUGCAUCAGGCAACCACCUCUUCCUGGGUGGCCGGCUCAGGAAACAGCCACCCCACACACAAAGAAGCCCCAGACUCUGAGAGCAGUGAUAUACAAAGCCUUUUAUCCCUCACGUCAGAGGAGUACACAGAUGAUAUUCCACUGUUGAAAGAAGCGUGAGGGCUGCUGCCGGCCCCUCCCCUCUCUGCAAUGGUCCUCUGCCCUCCCUCCCUCCCUGUGGGUUUGAGCACCCUGUGCUCUCCAGCCACCUUGCCUGGAUACCUGAGUACCACCUGUGUAUCUAUCUGAGUAUCUCCAAGGGCCUGCAGCCCUCCUAGCUGGAAACCCAAGGAAGAUUCUCACCAUCUGUCUGCUGGACAGCUGGAGGAGCUGGCUUUCUGCCUGGCCCUGCCCUUGCAUCUGUGUUAGGGACAUAUUUGAAUGUGCUGGAUUGAACCCUUCCUUUCCCUAAGCCGUCUGGGUCCCCUCCAGCCAGCUCUUUGGCGGCAGCCCCCAGCAGCCCACUUGGGCCUUAGCGCCGCUGUGUUUACUUGUGCCUUCCCCUAUCCCGUCCAGUUCCCCCAUCACACAGGCUUUUUGCUCUCCUACAAGCCUUCGUGGCUGUACUGCUGCCCCUUGCCAUAUAGGAGGCUGGGCCUGGGUCUAGCCUGUUUCCUUUGAGGGCUGGCACUGCUGUCCUGGGCAGGAGCAGAUCUAAGAUGAGAGCUCUGGAGUCAAGUGGCUCUAAUUGGGACAGUUGUUAGGGCCAGAAGCCUGGAUCCCUGGGCUCGCCCUGGGCUGACACUGGCGGUGCAUUGCCUUGGCUGAGGAUGGAGGAUUUGGAAAAUCAUGGCCGCACCGUCUUAGCUCCCAGCAAUCCAGCUCAGAGGCUUAGGCCCCUGGCUCUGUUGGGUUGAGAAGAUCCCGAGGGAGGGAAGGAAGAUGAAUAAUCAUGAUUGUCUUCCUAAUAUGCAACUUCUCAUUCCUAUUUCAAGCAUCACCCUUCCUAGCCUCGGUUUUUUCUGUUUCCCUGGAGUGUAAGGGGAAGUAGCAUGCUGCCUCCUGGGUUUUAUCUUGGGCAGCUCUGGCUUCCAUGCUCCCCACAGAGGCCUGAGACAAGCCAUCCCUGGGACGGGAGAGUUGCUGAGAUGCCGUGAAAUGCCCAUCUGGUCACUGGCAGUUUGGGCAAGUUGCCCCUUUCUGGGUUUGUGGUGACGGAAGGGAGCCUGAGAGGCACGGGCCGUGCGAUGGGUAGCUGCCGGCAGCUCUGAGCCCUGGUCCUGAGCAUCCUCCUCACCAUGGUCACGUGCCUUAGUAACUGUGCCCGAGAAGUGGCUGCUGCUUGCUGCCCCGCUGCUUUUCCUACUUCUGGCCUUUCUUGCUCACCCCUCCACAUGUCCUGGCUGACAGAUGACUCCCUCCUGUGCCCUAGCACCCUGGGGAAGGGCUGAGGAACAGUCCACACACAUUUCCCAACCUUACUGGCCUGAGGUGGGUGAAUGGUUGUGAAGCUGCUGGACUCUGAGGCACCUUUAGACCAAAGCCUGGGGCACAGGGCCCUUGGAGGAGCCCCAGUGUUGAGGGAGGGGGCUUGGUGCUCCAGGUACUUCUGCUGGGGGCCUGCCUUAGCCCUCUGCUGAUUGCUGACAAGGCAGAUGGAAAAGCUCGACCAGGCUGCUGUCAUCUUCGAAAGAUGUGGCAUUAGGGAAUGUUUGUUUUUCCUUUGAUUUUGAAGCGCCGGGGCUGGGACCCUUUGAAGCUGACUGUGUGCUGCACCUGUUCUCCUCCUCCUUGGAGCCUCCACGUUUGGGAUGGUAAAAACAGUGAAAACCCCAGGAAAAUUUCAGUAGCCGACCUAGCAGGGUCAGCUUCAGGCAUGGGUGGCCUUGAAGAUUAGGGGACUGGCCUUCUCUCAACCAGCCUCCUGCCUCCACUCACACAACGCACUUUACUCCCCACCAUCCCCUGGCUUCUGGCACCCACAUGCAGUCUUCCUUCCUCUCAGGGUAAGGGCAGCGCCUGCUGUGCCUCUUUAACCACUCCCACGCAUUUCUCCCCAUCCACCAGGGAGCCCUCUCAGGCUGUGCUCAAAGCCCAGGCAAGAGAUGAACAGGUUGGCGAAGGUGCUGGAACACAGCAGCCAUUUGAGGGAGAUGAGACAUACUAGAGAGGGGCCUGUCCUUGGCCUCAGAAGAGGCCAUUUCCAGGGAUGUGCCUGCCAGCAACUGCUGGCACUGGGCCCAUCUGGAGGGUGGGGUCCUUGACAACCCCCAAAACCCCAACUGCCUCACCACGCAUGGCUCUCCACCCACGGGGGCCCUUGUCUUCCUCCAAAAAAGAACGCAGAGACAAACGAGGGGGAGCUUAAGUCUCAUCGCUGAGCCUUCAGCUUUAAUUCUCCAAGCUUCCAAAGCCUGAACUCUAGCAUAUAAAAAAAUGGAAGCUCUUGCCUUUUUAUCUUUUUACUCUGAUUUUUUCCCCUUAAGAGAUUGCACUUUUUGUUUUGGGUUUAUUCAGCUUUCCUUCUCCUGAAACCACUUUCCACCUCAUCCUCCAUUAAUGCAGCCCUGGGGUCGACAAGCCCAGACUUGCCUACCUGGUAGGAAAGAAAGAAGUUAGAAAAACUCUGAGCCUCAGCCACCUCCUCCCCGCUUGUCACUGGCUUUGCUGUGUCCCACCUCACCGAGGCUCCUGUGAGCCUGCGGAUGCAGGAGCUGACGUCUGGAAUUGCUGCUGAUGUCUAGGCCAGCUUCCCGUAGCUACUUCUCUUUCUCCCAAAGCAGUUUCUUAACCAGCAGCCAUGCACUGCUGUUUUUCGAGCUUCUGGGCUUUGUCCCUUUCAGAGGGAUUAGGGACUCCGCAGCUGCUUUGUGGUGGGGCCUGGCUGAGAGACAAAGGCAGGUGGCAGGCCUCUUAGGAAGGACGCUGCUCAGGAUCCUGGGCUAGGUGGGGGAAAAACUGGCCACAACUCGGCUUUCCCAGGCUGACCUCUAGGGGAGUCCAGAGAAGGCUUUGUCCAGGAGAAAAGGUCAGCACCAAAGGACUCUUAAAAAAAUUCUUUUUUGCACACUUGAGCUGACUCAAUGUAGGUUUUAUAUCCUGGUGACUUGCGGUCGCUUGCUAGCGACUUUGAAGGGCCAGUAUACGGUGAAAAUCACUUAAAGUUUCCGUCCUUUUCAAUGCCUUAGUUUAGGAGGUCGGCUCUAUCUUUGACCAUUUCUGUGUUUUGUGUACUGUGCUCCCAUUUCACUAGGUAGGAACUGUGAAAUGGACUGAGUCCUGGCCACUUUGUGAGUUUGUUUGGUUUUAUAAGGCAUUUCAAUGUACAUUCUACAAACACUCCGUUUUAAAAUAAAACCUAAACUAAUAGUGUCUUCCCCAUUCACCUCGCCCUCCUCCUUCCACCCCCAGCUUUAAAGUUCCGUGGAGAAGCUAGCUGGCAAAGAGACAAAGGUAUACUCUUCCUGCUUCGUUAGUGGUAGCACAAGGGUAGAUAGCACCGGCCUUUCUUCCUCUCCCAAUCCCAGCUGAGCUCUCAAACCACUUGCUUCCUAUAUAACAAUUUCGCCUCUGUUUCCAGGGAACAUCCCUGCAUAGAGAAUGGAAUAUGCUGCAAACAUUUCUACAUCCUUGGCUCCCCCUCCCCACCCCAAAGAGAAAAAAGGACCUAGAAGGGGAGUGGCAUACAAAUUUCACAGCUUGAUUUCAGGCGUGCUUGCCAAGGACAGUGAGGCUGGGAGCAUCUCUCCAGGGAUCUGGCUGCCAGCUUAGGGGCAGUCAUUACUGGUGCUUCAGUGAAGGGCUUAGAGAGUAUUUUGCUUGGCAGAUGUUUGGGCUGAGUGGUACAGUAGCUGGUUCCCCAGAGGGAGAGGCAGCAGGCCCAGCUUUGCUGGGAAGCAGCAGCUCUUAAUUUUCAGUUGAAAACCUAGUGGAAUUUUGAAUGAAAACCCUUAGAUGGAAGCCUCUGCCAAGCAGCAGAGCUAGCUGGAGGGGGCGUAGGGGCAAAGCACGCAGAUUGGCAUACAGGGAGAAGAGAUGAGCAAGCCCACUGCACCCUGCCCUGGUUUCUUUCUGUUGCACCACUAUGAAUCCUCUGCAGAAUGGUACUCGUCUAUAAUGGUUUAAAACAACACAUGCAUAAUUGACUCUGUGCAGGAUGUCACACAAUCAGUUUGGGUUUGCUUUAUUUUAUUUUAUAUAUAUAUAUUUUUUGGUAUCCUGUACAUUGCAGUGGUUGUGAAGAUAGUAUUUUAAUAUUUGUAUAAAGUUUAAUUUAAUUUUAAUUGUUCUAUGUAUAUAACUGCAUUUCUAAAUAAUAAUAAUAAAAAAAAAAUUCUUACGAAGGCUGUUGUGGGAAAUGUGAUCCUUCCAGAAAGCUUUUGCUGAAACCCCACAUUGAAAAGAGCUUAUGUGGGUAGGGGCUCAUGAAAGAAUGAAGCACUAACUCUUUGGGAGAGGGAGGUGCUUGGAAAGAGUUGGAGAAGACAGGACAGGGAGGUAGUCUGUGAUGCAAGGUAGAGAGACAACAACACACUUGAAAAUACAUUGCUUCUCCUAGUUGUUCCCCUUUUUUUUGUUGUUGAUUCAGUCAUUCAACAAACAUUUUCUAAGCAUUCUCAGUGUGCCAACCACUGCUCAGAGCUGAGAUUCAAUAGUGGACAAAACAAAAGUGGUUUAGCCUGCCUGGAAUUUCUAGUGUGCUGGGAAGGCAGACGGAAUAAUAUGCAGUCAUUGGCAUGAUCAGGGAAAUGUAAGGCAUGAUGGGAGGCAGUCAGAAAACACCUUUUGGAUGAAAUAGCAUCUGAGAAGUGAAGGGCUGGUAAAGCUAGGCUAAUAAGAGACAGGACACCACGUGUGUAGGUACAGAGACAGCAGAAAGUUUGAGAAACUGAAAGAAGUCCAGCAUAGCAUAGAGUCUAGCAUGGCUACACGGCAUUACUGAAGGGAGAGUGCUUCAGGAUGAGCCGAGAUAGGCAGGCAGAGGCUAGAUCAUAGAGGCCCUCACAAGCUGAGUUGAGAAGUUUGCCCUUCAUCCAGAAGGCAAUAGUUUUAAGUAACAGAGUGACUAAGAUCUUUCUUUUUUUUUGGUUGGAGGAAGAGUCCAUCUGUGGAAAAUGGAUUUAGGGUCAUAAAGCAUACUGUACCUGGAGACCAUCCAUGUAAGAGGUUGUUGGUCUUGUCUAAGUGCACUAGGAUGAUGGCAGUGGGAAUGGAGAGAAGUUGGUGGAAUCAAAAGGUAUUUAUUAAGAAGGUAUCAACAGGGUUUGGUGACUGGUUAUAAGGAAGAAGGAAUCAAGAUUACCCACCCUCUCUGAUGAGCAGCUGGGUGACUAGAAACAAUCAGAUGGGGAAAUGGAAGAGACAGUUUGGGAGAAGGGGAAAUGACAGGCUCAGUUUUGGACUGGCUGCAUUUGAGGUGCCUAAAUAACCUCCUGAAACCCUGGUGGUGUGGUUAAGAGCUACGGCUGCUAAUCAAAAGGUUGGUAUUUUGAAUCCACUAGGUGCUCUUUGGAAACCCUAUGGGGCUGUAAUGGAUUGAAUUAUAUCCCCCCAAAAAUGUGUGUAUCAAUUUGGCUGGGCCAUGAGUUCCAGUAUUGUAUGGUUGUCCUCCAUUUUGUGACUGUAAUUUUAUGUCAUAGAGGAUUAGGGUGGGAUUGUAACACCCUUUCCCAGGUCACAUUCCUGAGCCAGUGUAAAGGGAGUUUCCCUGGGGUGUGGCCUGUACCACAUUUUAUCUCUCAAGAGAUAAAAAGGAGAGGGAAGCAAGUAGAGAGGGGGGACCUCAUACCACCAAGAAAGCAGUGCUGGGAGCAGGGCUCGUCCUUUGGACUUGAGGUUCCUGUGCUGAGAUGCUCCAAGACCAAGGGAAGACUGAUGACAAGGACCUGCCUCCAGAGCCGACAGAGGGAGAAAGCCUUCCCUUGGAGCUGGCACCCUGAAUUUGGACUUGUAGCCUACUAGACUGUGAGAGAAUAAACUUCUCUUUGUUAAAGCCACCCACUUGUGGUAUUUCUGUUAUAGCAGCACUAGGUGACUAAGAGGGGCAGUUCUACUCUGUCUGAUAGGGUUGCUAUGAGUCAGACUCGCUGGCAACGGGUUUGGUUUUUGGUUUUUAAGUAACAUCGGUUGGAGAUGUGCACCAGGUAGUUGGGUAUUUGCACCUAGAGCGCAGAAGAGAGACCUGACAGAUACAAAUGGAUGAUAAUUAAAACAUCAUGGGAGCAGCCCCCAGACACCCUUUUAGCUCAGUAGUUAAGUCACUCCUGAGGUUCACAGUUCAGCCAAAGAUUAGAUAGGCCCAUAAAACAAAACAAGACUAGAGGGGUACACCAGCCCAGGGUCAAGGACUAGAAGGCAGGGGAGACAGGAAAGGUGGUAAUAGGGAACCCAAGGUUGAGAAGGAAGUGUUGACAUGUUGUGGGGCUGUUACCCAGGGUCAUAAAACAGUAAGUGUACUAACUGUUUAAUGAGAAACUAGUUUGUUGUGUAAACCUUCAUCUAAAGUACAAUAAAAAAAAAAUUCUUAAAAAUUGUAAUGAGGGUUUGGGGCAGAAUCGUAAAAAAAAAAAAAAAGUGUGGGAGUAGAUGGGAAACUGUUUGAGGGAGAAGUGAAAAAGGAAUGGAAGAGGAAGAAGAGAAGUAGGAUGUGUCUGGAAGCCAAGAGAAGGAAGGACUUCUUGAUAAUAGUGACAAAUGCUGCUGAGAUAGGAGGUUAUUGGAUUUAGAAAUGUGUAGAUGUUUGAUGACUUUAAUGAAAGCUGUGUCAGCUGACUGGUGGGAACAUUCCAGAUACUGCCUGCUUCUGAAGCCCUCUUCACAAGGCCCUCACAGAGCAGGCAUUGCCACUUUCAUUUUGAGGAAAAACUGCUUGCAGGAGAGAAAUGGCAUGCUUUUCACUAGGGUAAAAAACUACUCAUCUCAAAGAAUGGGACGUGCUCAGGGUGGUGUCACAGGAAGAAUCAUUAAACUGUGCAGACCAUGAUGUGAAAUAAGUUCACAGAGCCCAGGAAUUGCACCUCUACAAGAGAAACCUGUGGAAAGGAAAGACUUUGUUUCAGUGAUAAGCCUCUGUCACUGGAAAAGAAGGGCCGAAACGUGUUCCAUCAGGUAAGGAAUGCUGGGCCCCGACACAGUGGGAGUCGAGAGAGCCUGGGAAAGGAAGACAUGUCAACAAGAUAGCCAGAUGAGGGUUUUGCAGCUCUCUUGAUGAUAAGUGAGAGGCAAAGGUGACAAACCCCACAAAACCAGAGCUGCUGAGGAAAGGCACCAUCUUUGAAGUGGUUGCUUCAGGUUGUGAAAAGGUGGGUGAGAGGAGAGAAAGGGAAUUUCCUGCCCUGCUGCUGAACCCCCAGCCCCUAGUUUGGAAAGUUGAGGCCCCUAGAAAACAAGGGAAGUAGUCUCUCAGGUGGGUCUUAGAUUACUUUCAAAUAUCUUUAAAUACACACAAGUAACACAUGUUCAUUUCAUAAAAUUUAAACAAACUUAGAAAAAAAAAAAAUCACCCAUAAUACUAC